GAUUCCUCAGAGGCUGAGGAAACAUCUGUAUGGAUUGUUUCAUUAUAACCCCACAAUGCUUGGACUUGAAUCACUUCCAGAUCCCACUGAUACCUGGGAAAUUAUAGAGACCAUAGGUAAAGGCACAUAUGGCAAGGUCUACAAGGUAACCAACAAGAGAGAUGGGAGCCUGGCCGCAGUAAAAAUUCUGGAUCCAAUCAGUGAUAUGGAUGAAGAGAUUGAAGCAGAAUACAACAUUUUGCAGUUUCUUCCGAAUCAUCCCAAUGUUGUAAAAUUUUAUGGGAUGUUUUACAAAGCGGAUCCCUGUGUGGGAGGACAGCUCUGGCUCGUCCUGGAGUUGUGUACUGGGGGCUCAGUCACGGAGCUGGUCAAAGGUCUGCUCAGGCGUGGCCAGCGGUUGGAUGAAGCAAUGAUCUCAUACAUCUUAUAUGGGGCCCUCUUGGGCCUUCAGCAUUUGCACAAUAACCGAAUCAUCCACCGGGAUGUCAAGGGGAAUAACAUUCUUCUGACAACAGAAGGAGGAGUUAAGCUCGUUGACUUUGGUGUUUCAGCUCAACUCACCAGUACGCGUCUACGGAGAAACACAUCUGUUGGCACCCCAUUCUGGAUGGCUCCCGAGGUCAUUGCUUGUGAGCAGCAGUAUGACUCUUCCUAUGACGCUCGGUGUGACGUCUGGUCCUUGGGGAUCACAGCUAUUGAACUGGGGGAUGGAGACCCUCCCCUCUUUGACAUGCAUCCUGUGAAAACGCUUUUUAAGAUUCCAAGGUAG